GUUAUACUCUUGUUAUAGUCCCGGUUCUCGUCGUCUUGGCCAACAAGAACUCGCUACAGCGUAUUUUAUCUAGAAGAACGGACAAGAAGAAUAAAUAGCCAACUAAUGGAGACUAAUGAUGUUAAAACUAUUCAUCAGUGUACAGUGUGUGAUGAGAUUUUUCCACAAUAUGAUGAUUUAGUAAAACACAAUAAAAUACAUGUUAAAGAAGAGAAAAUUGAUGAUGUCGAUGAAUAUUGUCAUGUUAAAGAAGAGACAACCGAUGAUGUAGAUGAAUAUUGUCAUGUUAAAGAAGAGAAAACUGAUGAUGUAGAUGGAUAUUGCCAUGUUAAAGAAGAGAAAACAGAUGAUAUUGAAACUGUUUAUCAGUGUAAUUUAUGUGAUGAAGAAUUUAAAUCUGACACUGAUUUAGAGAAACACUGUGAAAUACAUGUUGAAGUCGAGAAAAUCAACGACCAAACUGAACAGAUCUUCGGACUGAAGCACACCAAUAAAAAACCAUAUAAAUGUGGUGUUUGUGGCGAGGCUUUCGUUAAUGGUAGCCCCCUGAAACGACACAUGGCAGUUCAUUCAGGAGAGAAAAUAUAUGAAUGUAAUCUUUGUGGUCGAACAUUAAGUUACCAUAGCAUGCUACAGAGACACAUGAGAAUUCAUACUGGUGAAAAACCUUAUAAUUGUGAUGUUUGUGGUAAAUCAUUUUCUACAAGUAGUAAUUUACACCUGCAUGAAAGAAUUCAUUCAGGUGAAAAACCUUAUAUAUGUGGUGUUUGUGGUAAAUCAUUUACUUGGAAUAGUCCGCUACAAAACCACCUCAAAAUUCAUACCGGUGAACGACCUUAUAAAUGUGAUCUUUGCGGUAAAUUAUUCGCUCAAAUUCGUUCUCUACAAGCACACACGAAACGUUCGACAGGGGAAAAACUGUAUAGAUGCCAAUUUUGUUGUAAAUCUUUUAUGAAUCUUAUCAAUCUACAAGAUCACAUCACAAUUCAUCCAGAAGCAAGAACCGGUCAAUCAUUCAGCCUCAAAAGUCAACUACAGAACAACAUGGGAAGUGACAUUGGUGAUAAAUCUUUCAGCCUCAAGUCAUCUACAGAACAACAUGAGAACUGAUAUUGGUGAUAAAUCAUUCAGCCUCAAGUCCUCUACAGAACAACAUGAGAACUGAUAUUGGUGAUAACCCUAUAAAUGUGAUGGUUGUAGUAAAUCAUUUACUGACACAAGUAAUCUACAGAACCACAUUAGAACUCACACUAGAGUUAAAACCUUAUGUGUUGUUCCAUUAAUGGAAGGGAGCUAAAAGCACACCUGAACUCAUCUGCUGUACUCUUAACGCAGCACACAGAAACUUAAACUGGAGAAAACGCUUAAAACUGUGAUGUUUGUGGUGAAUCAUUUAGAGAUUCUGAUCCGGAGUUCACAAAGCAUUCGCAGACUUAAUUUAAGACUCAUUCAGUCCUAAAACCUGUUUAUGUUACAAAUUUUAAGCGUACCAGGCACAGUACCAGGUACGGCACGCUUCCCUUUUUUGUUGUGCAAACGGGUCAAACGUAAGCCUGCCGCCCCUUCAGCGUGGUUCUCCCUUGUCAGUGAUGCAGGACGGAGGGGCUGACAAGGAAAGCUGUCCAGUCGUUCGGAUGGGAUGAAAAACUGAGCUCCCGUGUACACAUUGGCGUGCACGUAAAAGAUCCCUUGGCAGUUGGAAUUCGAAAUAAGAGUAAGCCGUAGUGCCGCUGUCCGGGCAAAAUUUCCCUCAUAGCACACUGUAUGGCACAUUAGCCCAGGUUAGGAGCAGAACAGUAGGACGUUAAACUCCAUUUCAUUUCAUUUCAUUUCUGCCGCCCCUUGUUACAGUGCCAAUCUGGCCCACUGAAGUGAGGUGGUCUCGGAACGGUACCAGGACCGGCUCGCUUUAAAUUUUCGUAGUGUAGACGCUAACCGGUCUGAGCACGGAUUACUGCGCAUGCACCAAAUGAACCUUGACCUUUUUUCCCUGCAAACUUUGACAGCUCUGUCAUCAGUUCUGUAAAAAUGGCUGCUCAAACUAAAUCAACCAUCAUAAUUGUUUUCAUCUGUGUAAUUUGUAUAGGGACUGAAAUUAACUUUUCUGUGAAGAGUUCCACAUUUAGCGUGCUUAUUUUAGAGUAAUGUAAACGGGUCAAUUUCUUGAAAUUUAUCGCGGCCUGGUACCGUGCCCAGAAUGGCACGCUUAUCGCGGCGAAGUGUAAACAGUGCUUUAGUCACACCCCCGUUGACCUAAUUAACAUUUGAAUUUCACCAGCUUAUGCCCGUAUCAGUGGCCUGUAUAUGAUGAUAUUCCCUGCCUCAUUGAUCAAUAAAGUUAUAAAUCUG